CACCUUGCAGGAUGUUUGGAUAUUGAUUCUUCAAGAAAAGCUGCAAGGUUUGUAAGGUUUUGUGACGCAUUUAACAUUCCCAUCAUCACACUUAUUGAUGUUCCAGGAUUUCUGCCAGGUACAAAUCAAGAAUACAAUAAUAUAAUACAACACGGAGCGAAACUGCUUUACGCUUACGCUGAAGCGACCGUGCCAAAAAUUAGCCUUAUCACUAGAAAAGCGUAUGGUGGUGCAUACAUUGUUAUGAAUUCGAAACAUCUAAAAGGUGAUAUAAAUUAUGCCUGGCCAACUGCUGAAAUAGCUGUGAUGGGCCCUGAAAGUGCAGUUGAAAUUAUAUUUAGGCAUGAAAAAGACCAGCAAACGUUAAUCAAAGAAUAUAAAGAGAAAUUUGCUAAUCCAUUUUUUGCUGCAUCACAUGGAUACAUUGAUGACAUUAUAGUACCAAGUAAAACAAGGUAUCACUUUUGUAAAGCAUUAGAGCUACUCAAAAACAAGAAGGUAGAAAGGAUAUGGAAAAAGCAUGACAACUUACCUCUGUAACUUUCUUCUAAGCCUUGCUUACAAGUUAUGCAAUAUUAUAAGUGUAAUCAGUGUGCCGUUACCAAGACUCGAACUUGGGACCUCGUCAUUACCAAUGACGUACUCUACCACCUGAGCUACAACGGCAGGCUUAUAUAUUAUGAUAAUGAAUAAUACAAAAAGGAAUAAGGAAAAAGAAGAGGAGAAAAAAAGAUUAGCGAAAGCUUUAAAGCAAAACAUUUUGAAAAGAAAAAAACAGCAACAGAGUAGACAAGAUGCCAGAACUACCGGAAGUGGAAGUCAUAUCUAACUUCUUGCUUGAUAAAAUUAAAAACAAGCAAAUUAGUAAUGUUAUAGUUAAUAAUUGGAAUUUACGUGCCCCAAUAACAAAAAAUAUUGAUGAUAUGCUAAAGGGCAAAGUCAUACGCAACAUCAAGCGUAGAGGUAAGUAUACGAUCUGGAAUACAGAUGGUAGUAUGGCUGUAAUCAUACAUCUUGGCAUGAGUGGAAAGCUUAUAUAUGCUGAACACGAUCAAGCGCAGAAUAAACAUGAUCACGUAGUGUUUUUGUUUUCUGACAAUACUUCAAUAAUUUUUAAUGACCCAAGAAGAUUUGGAUUAGUUAUUGUUUUAAAUAAAGAACAGGAAAUAAAUUUUUUUGACGAUUUCGGAAUAGAGCCCCUCACGGAUGAAUUCAGUGGAGACUAUUUACAGGAGUUGCUGAAAAACAAAAAAGCAAAUAUCAAAUCAGCAUUAAUGGACAAUAAAUUAAUAGUUGGCGUAGGCAACAUAUAUGCUUCUGAGAGCUUGUUUAGAGCCCGCAUAUCACCACUCAGGCCAGCAAAAAACUUGACCUAUAGAGAGUACGAAAAACUUGCUGCUGAAAUAAAAAAUACUCUGAGUGAUGCAAUUGCUGCAGGCGGCUCAACACUGAAAGAUUAUGCACAGCCAUCUGGAUCUGCUGGAUACUUUCAAAAUAACUUUUACGUAUAUGGUAAAGUUCAAAAACCUUGCAAGAUUUGCAAUAAUAUCAUAACACUUAUACGACAAAAUGGCCGUAGCACUUAUUUUUGCAACGCGUGCCAGAAUUAAGAUUUUAUUUUUUGAUAUGAUAUUUUCAUCUGAAAAAGAUCCGAUUGAUUUAUUUUCAAAGUGGUAUAAAGAAGUACUCAAUUCGUCAUAUAGAGAACCAACUGCAAUGACGCUAGCAACGUGUAGCAAAGACUGCAUUCCAUCUGCAAGAGUAGUAUUACUAAAGGAAUAUAGUAAAGAAGGUUUUGUGUUCUUCACUAACAUAAAUAGUAGAAAAGGAAAAGAAUUGACCGAGAACCCUAAAGCUGCAUUAGUGUUUCACUGGAUAGAAUUUUCUAGGCAGGUAAGAAUUGAAGGAGAGGUUAAACUCCUAAACAGUAAAAAAGCUGAUGAAUAUUUCUCUUCUCGAGCACGUGAUAGUCAAAUUAGCGCAUGGUGCUCAAAACAAUCGAGCAUUCUGAAAGAUUGGCAAGAUUUUGAGCAAGCUAUAAAAUUAAAGGAAAAAGAAUUUCACAAUACACAAGUUUCUCGUCCUGACUUUUGGGUGGGAUUUUGCGUAAUCCCAAAAGUAAUUGAAUUUUGGCAAGAAGGUGAAUAUAGGAAGCAUAUUAGAUUUAGAUACACUCUUGUUGAGGGAAGCGAUUGGAAAGUGGAACAACUAUAUCCUUAAAAAUGGUUGCGGGAGUAGGAUUUGAACCUACGACCUUCAGGUUAUGAGCCUGACGAGCUACCGAGCUGCUCCAUCCCGCGUCGUUGCUUAUUUAGUUAUUAUAUAUACAAAUAAUGAAAAAAGAAAAAUAAAAUUUCACCA